AUGCCAUUCGGUCUGAAAAAUGCAGGUGCAACGUAUCAAAGGCUCGUUAACAGAAUGUUCAGAGAACAGAUUGGAAAAACAAUGGAGGUCUACGUGGACGAUAUGUUAGUUAAAAGCCGGCACUCGGAGAAACACUUGCAGGACCUCGAAGCAAGCUUUGCCGUCAUGCGAACAUACGGAAUGAAGCUCAAUCCAACAAAAUGCACAUUCGGGGUCGGAGGGGGCAAGUUCUUGGGAUAUAUGGUGAGCAGCCGAGGGAUAGAGGCCAAUCCAGAGAAAAUCAAAGCAAUCCUCGAGCUAAAGUCACCAGCUUCGAUAAAAGACGUACAGAAGUUAACGGGUAAGAUCGCAUCCCUUAACCGAUUUAUUUCAAAGUCAGCAGAUAGAAAUUUACCCUUCUUUAAAGUAUUAAGAAAACCCAAGGAUUUCCAAUGGUCAAAAGAAUGCGAGGAUGCUUUUAACCAACUCAAGGAUUACUUGAGGACGCCACCACUAUUAGCAAAUCCCCGACCUGGAGACAUUUUGUAUCUAUACUUAGCAGUGUCGGAACAUGCUGUGAGUUCGGUACUGGUGAGGGAAGAGAAUAAAGUCCAGAACCCAGUAUACUAUGUUAGCAAAAUGCUGCAGGGAGCGGAGAUGAGGUACAGCUUAGUCGAAAAGUUCGUUCUUGCACUAGUAACGUCGGCUCGCAGGUUACGGCCGUAUUUCCAAUCACACAAGAUCGUCGUAUUAACAAAUCAACCGCUCAAGAGCAUUUUGUCGCGACCGGAGGUCUCAGGGAGAUUAGUGAAGUGGGCUGUAGAACUGGGUGAACACGAUAUAGAAUACCAUGCCAGAAACUCGGAGAGGGCUCAGGUACUUGCUGACUUUGUAAUGGAACUGACAAACAUGCCUGCUCUGGAUGUCAAGCCGUGGAUGUUGCAUGUAGACGGAUCGUCGAAUACUAGCAACGGGGGAGCUGGGAUCCUGAUACAAGGGCCAGGAGAGGUUGAAAUAGAGGUCGCAGCCAGACUCUCGUUUCAUGCCACCAACAACGAAGCCGAGUACGAAGCCCUAAUCUUAGGAUUAGAGCUGGCUCAUGCAGCAGGAGCAAGAACUUUAGAAGUAUACACUGACUCGCAGUUAGUAGCAAUGCAGAUCGAGGGGAAUUACGAAGCGAAGGAGCAGACAAUGUCGAUGUACCUGAAGAAGUCAAAAUCUCUGAUCGAGCGUUUCGACAAAUGCACGGUCCAACAGAUACCAAGAGGAGAAAACGAUAGAGCUGAUUCACUUUCUAAAUUUGGAGCCUCAUUGUCGGGCAUAAAGAACCGCAGUAUAAUAGUGAUGGUGAAAGACAGACCAGCGAUCGCUGAGGUCGAUGUAUAUACGGUAGACCAACCUUGUACGUGGAAGGACGAGCUAACGCUCUAUCUCAAGGAGGGGAUUCUUCCCAAAAACCCUUCGCAUGCAAAAAAUUUGAAGUUAAAGGCCACCAGAUUCACAAUGAUCGAAUCUGAACUAUACAAGAGAAUGGCGGACGGACCCCUGCUAAAAUGCUUGAAUGACGAACAAGCGGGAUACGUACUGAAAGAGAUACACGAAGGGAGUUGCGGCAACCAUUCGGGCGCAAGGUCGUUAGCUCAGAAGGUCGCACGUCAAGGGUAUUUCUGGCCUACACUGAUGAAGGAUGCGAAGAGGCUAGUACAAAGAUGCGAAAGCUGUCAGAGGUUCUCCGCCCGGAUACAUUCCCCGGCUACACCAAUGGAACCAUUACAGGUCGCUUGCCCGUUCGAUCAGUGGGGGAUCGAUAUAAUGGGGCCUUUCCCCCCUGCGAGGGCACAAAAAAAAUUUAUCGUACUCGCAGUCGAGUACUUUUCUAAGUGGGUAGAAGCCGAAGCAGUGGCAAGAAUAACGGAAAAAGGGAUGAUCGAUUUUAUUUGGAAGAAUAUCAUAUGUCGAUUCGGGAUCCCCAGAACUAUCGUAUCAGAUAACAGCACACAAUUCCAGGGGAAAGAAAUUGCGAGCUGGUUGAAGGAGUUAAAAAUCCAACAAAACUUCACAUCGGUGGGCCACCCUCAAUCGAACGGGCAGACAGAGGUGACCAACAGGACUAUACUCCAACACUUAAAGACCCGUAUUAAUUCAAAAGGAUCGUGGGAAGAAGAACUACCAGGGGUAUUAUGGGCAUACAGGACGACCCCGAGGUCGUCUACAGGUGAAAGUCCCUUUUGUCUAGUUUACGGUUCUGAAGCUAUUCUUCCUGCAGAAAUCGGCGAGGAAACCCAUCGGAUCGCAAGUUACGACCCUGCGGCGAACAACCAAGCACGCGCGUUCGACCUAACGGUGAUCGAAGAAAAGAAGGAUGCCGCCCUAGCUAAAAUACUCCACCACAAAGGCCUAAUGAUGAGGAGGUACAACAAAAAACUUCGACCCAGGGAACUCCAAGUGGGGGAUCUGGUCCUUAAAAAAGCUGAAGUCUCUAAACACGUGGGGAAGCUGGACCCUGAAUGGGAGGGCCCCUUUAAGGUGGUCGAAAUACGGAGGAAGGGUGCUUACCUAUUACAAGACUCUCAAGGACGUCUUCUCAAGCGACCAUGGAACAUACGAAACUUGAGAAAAUUCUAUGCAUAA